AUGGUUAAGAAAAUUAACUCAAGGGAUAAUCCGCUAAACUGGAACAAGUCGGAAAGCAGAGAAGAUUGGCUAAAACACGCGUGGGACUCGUGGAGAGGAAAAGGGGCCGAAGAUCGAUCGAUCUCCGGCUUCCUGGAUACCUUCACGCUAUACAACCCGUCUCGCCCAGUGCUAUGGAAGACAAUGGCCGCGUCGAUGGAGCGAUUCUGGGAAAAGAUCGAGGGCCGGGCCCUGCUUCAAGACGAGAAACAGAUAAUCGCGAAGUGGGGAUCAAGUCGGUCGAGGGCUCAAUCGAACGAAGAUCUCUACGAACCAACACAGGCCCCGGCUUUUGCACGCUCAGAAAUGGUUCCAUUCUGGGAAACGGCGUAUAACUCAGGUCAGAUAAAUAAGAAAGUCGGGGCCGCAGUUUCUUAUAUUUGUUUCUGCACUGGCGCGAGAACUGGGGAAAUAGUAAACCUGUUUAUCGAAGACAUCCGCUGGAAAGAAGAUAGCGGCACAGUUUUCUUACAAAUGCCUCUCAGAUCUUCGAAAAGCAAUUCCACAAAGGAGAGACGAGAGGUAAUUACGCUCCCGAUAACAGAUAAUUCUGAGAUCGACAUUAAAAGCUGGAUCCUCGAGGCGAUCGCCUCCAGGACCAAGGGCAAGCUAUUCUCCUACUCUCACGGCAAGCGGAAGACAACAAUGAAUACGACAAAAAUGAAUUAUUUCUACCACACAGUCUCGGAGUGCCUGGGUUGGGCAGUUUGCCCAACAGGGCACUCUAUGAGGGUCUCCUUUGUGGUAGAGAGUCUCAAGAAUGGGGUACCCGACCAGCACAUCAUAAAUCUGUGUCGCUGGAAGAACGAGUUCAUGCUCAACCAGUACAAGAAUAACCAGCUCGAACACACGAUACACGGCUCUGCCUUCAAAGUCAUCUCUACAAACGAGAGAGCUCACGCAAAAAUCACCCACGGCGAGAACUAG